ACUUGCUAAACACAACUACAGCAGGUUUAUUCCACCCCACAUUUUAUUCAUCAUGGCAGAGUCAUCGACAGGCUGGUGGAAGCUCACUUUUAUGAGGAGAAAAAAAUCCCAACCAAAGGUUUUGUAUGAAAUCUCUCCAGAAUUUGUGUCCAACUCACCCAGCAGUCAGCAUCGUUCAAGUGCAGCCUCAGGAGCUGCUGCCCAAACAGAAGAUGCCCAGCUGGAAGCCCGACUGGGGAAGAUCGUGGACAAGACGACAGCCAGUAAGGGGCGUCACGUCAAAGUGUCACAUUCUGGGAGGUUUAAGGAGAAGAAAAGAGUGAGAGCCACACUGGCGGAAAACCCAGAGAUGUUUCCUGGGAGUGGCCCUGCCAGGGAUGAGAACCAGAAGGCUGAGAAGUGA